AUGUCCGACCCCAACGACAACAACACCGACCAACCCCCCACUCUGAUCCAGGAGCAUUCCCAUCAUCAAGACUCGACAGACACAACAACAGUUGACCCAUCCACCCUCCCCAAAACCAAAGACUUUAACCCCCGCUGUCCAUUCUGCAUAAUCUCCGUCACAUAUCCACCAAUUGACCCUCUUGACGCCACCUCACCCACCACCACCUCAUCAUCCUCAUCACCACUCUCUCCCACCAAACUCGAACCUCCCAGCUUCAUCCUCCUCACCACUCCCCACGCCAUUGCCUUUCUCGACAUCAUGCCCUUGACACGAGGCCACGUGCUCGUGGCCCCUCGACACCACCGCGUCAAACUCGGUGACAUGUCCCCCACUGAAUCAGCCGAACUCGGCCGCUUACUCCCCAUCGUAGCACGCGGGGUUCUUCGCGCCGUCUUACCUGACAUUCCACACGAUCAAGCAGAUUACAAUAUCGUGCAGAAUAAUGGCCCUGGUGCGGCGCAAGUUGUGCCACAUGUGCAUUUUCACGUCGUGCCGAGACCGCCGUUUGGAUAUGUGUAUCCAGAACAAGGGAAGGGGAAAGGCAAGAAGUAUCCGCCGAAUAAACAGCCAGAACCGAAAUUAAGGAACGCAAUUCUUUUUGGGAGGGGCAUGAGGGAGGAUUUGGAUUGGGAUGAGGCCGAGGUUUUGGUGGAGGAGAUGAGGAGGAUGGUGGCGGAGGAGUGGAGGAGGGUUGGUGGCGUGGUGAUGGAGGGGGAGGAGAGGGCGAAGGAUGCGAGGAAACAGCAGAAACAGAGGGGGGAUUGGAAGGUUUGA